CGAGAGGGAAGCUGGGGGAGCUUGGAAUCGUUGAACAAGAAACAACAACAUGCGACAUUCAAUAACAUACUUCAACACAAAUCACAAUCCUUUGAGUUUCUAUAUGAAAUUCUGUUUUUAUUAUAUUUUGUGAGAGAGUAACCUUCAUUUCAAAUCGCCAUGUGGCGCGAUCGUACAAAUCUGUAUGUUCAAAUUAUUGUUAUCCUUUUCAAAGCUGGAUGAUGGAAGCUUAGAUACUGACCACCUAAUCUAUCAGCUAUAUCUCCUAUCGACAAUCAUAUGCACAUCACCCCGCAAAGAAACCGAAAUAUUCCAGCGCUUCCGGAAAUGGAUAUUCAGAUAGUAUUGGAGGCGCUUCAGAGGAACGCAGAGGACUUAUGUCCGCUGGCGCAUUCGAAGAUGAUGGAGAUGCGAUAAUAGAAAUGGAUUUAUUACCACCGAGAUGGGCAGAUAUCAGCGAUGAAGUUACAGAAUACCUUACGGAUAUCGCAGAUAAGAGUCAAAAAUUAGAGAAACUGCAUCAAAAGCAUGUACUUCCAGGAUUCGAUGAUGAAGAAGUCAAGAAGAAGGAAGAAAGGGAGAUUGAAUUGUUGACACAACAAAUUACAAAGGGGUUUCACGAUUGUCAGAGAGCGAUUCAAAGAGUAGAACAAAUAGUUCGUGAUUCGCGACAUCAAGGAGGAAUAAGUAAAGGAGAAGAAACUAUGGCGAAAAAUAUCCAAAUUUCACUUGCAUCGAGAGUACAGGAAGCAAGUGCAGGAUUUAGGAAAAAGCAAAGUAAUUAUUUAAAGAGUGAGUUUUGUAUUUCCAUGAUGAUCGAUGUCGUUGUCAUGAUAAGAUCUUUAAAGAAGCUUUACUGACCAAUAUUAGAGUUACGAGGUUUAGGAGGCAUGAAUGCACCAAUCGAACGAACAUCUACCCCUCUUUACAGUAAUUACAUCGACCCCUCCAUCAUGGAAUCCGAUGCCGAUAAAUCUUUCUCUCAAGCAACCCUCCAACAAACCUCCCAAAAGCAACUCACCUCCAAUGAUGCAGCCAUCAUGCAACGAGAACGUGAAAUUAAUGACAUCGCACAAGGUAUCAUCGAACUCGCCGACAUAUUCAAAGAACUCCAAACUAUGAUUAUAGAUCAAGGAACAAUGUUGGAUCGUAUAGAUUAUAAUGUGGAGAGGAUGGCAGUAGAUGUUAAGGCUGCAAAUGUGGAAUUGAAAGUUGCGAGCGGAUACCAAAGACGAGGAACGAAGAGACGAAUUAUUUUGUUAUUAAUCCUAUUAGUUGUAGGCAUGUUUAUUUUGCUGUUGGUAAAACCAAAGAAGCAUAGAGGAGGGAUAGACGAAAGUGUACCACCAUCAUCACCACCCUAAUAAUGAGACAUUUUUUCAAGAUGAAUUGCUUUUUUGGGUGUGUAGUUGUGAAUGGUUUGCAAGAUGUGUCCCUGUUUUGCAUGCGGGAGCUAUUGUGAGAUUUAUCAUGAUUCCAUAUGAAUGAUAUGUAUCCAACGGGCAAAAAUGGCACCCUCAAAUAGUAUCAUAAAAGCAUUUCCUCCAUG